ACGAUAGUCCCCACUUUACGCUUUAAACAAUGGUUUCCUUCUCGGGACUAUCAAUAAUUCUCUAAUCCCGGCGACCAUCAAUAAUAAUUAUUAAAAGCUCCCAAAGAACAACGAUGGUGGUCCUCCGCUCUAAGACGUUUAAUACCGAACGACGCGAACACGAGAGACAUCCUUGUUGGCUUGGCGUGCAUACAGGACUUGCUUGGUAAAGCGGCUUUGCAAUUGGUUGUCUCAGAGCAGGCACUGUGCAGAUUUCAUUCUCGAAGGCUCGGCAACAAAGCAAGACGUUACUUUCGCAACCCUAAGCUGACUGCGAAGAGUGCUCUUUAGCAUCCACAGCAGGGCCAUCCAUCAUUGUCGUCAUCUCUAGCUUGGACUCUAGUCUAAUCGACCCCCUUGUAGCAGCCGAAGAUAGCAACAGCAAUGGAUACAAAGAACCCCGACGAUCCAAAGAAAGGCCCUCCCAAGGAGCCACCGGCAGAGCAAGCACCACCCACUCAGGCGCAGCGCGACGCGGAGGCGAAGCGGCAAGCAAAUGCAGGGAGAGUCACUGGUCGAGCUAGAGCUCCUCCUGCUGCGACCCCGGGUGCCGUGUCAGCGUCUACACCAGCACCUCCUGGCAAGCCCUCUCGAGGCACCAGUCGAGGCACCAGCUCGGUCAACACGAAUGCACCCUCGGAACCGCGGCCUUCGUCCGCAGCUGCUCUGGCCAGUCGCCAGGCGGUGGAGGACAACAUGCAAAACCGCGACGCGCUAGCCAAACGGCGUGCGGCUUCUCGCGGUGGACCGGCCACCACGGUUGGAGCUUUCUCUGAGCGAGAUGUGGAACCACCUGCGCCGCCUGCUCGAGUAACCACGGCAUCCUCGGUGGAGUCAUCGUCGAGAACAACCAGCAGGCGCGAACCGCCGCCGUCAGAAGAAGAGGAAGAAGAAGAAGCCGCGCAACUGUCGGCUGUUGUUGUUUCUACGUUCGUCGAUGAGCCAGCUGCGGCUGUAGCGGUGGCAUCGGAAAAUAACGCAUCCAUGCCGGCGGCCACUGCGGAUACCACGACGGUGGGCUUUAACGCGGUAGAGCUUGUAGAGGAAGACGUGGAGAAAGCACUGGAUGAUUCUCGAAAAGACGAAUCAGAACCCAGCCCCGAAGCCGCUGUGUCGCCCGCCCCCGUGACGAGCGUUGCGGUGGACGACGUUGUGGCGGUAGAGGAGGCGCCUGUCUACCCUGGCGCGGAUCCUGAAAUGGCAGAUGGAGUUGUCGCGGAUGGAAUCGAGGCUUUUGUGGCGGAUACCGUCGUCGAUGCUACUGGUGUGGCGGUGGUGAUGAGUGAAGAAGAGGAAGAGCAUUUUGAACAGAAGCGAAGAAAGAAGUACCUUUGUUAUGGUGCCAUUGUCUUGGUAAUUGUCGCCGUCUCGAUUGUGGUCCCAGUCGUGAUUUUGGUCGGCGGAGGAGGAGAAACUGUUGUGGUUGACGCUCCACCUACCAUCGCUCCUUCCGGUGCUCCGUCGUCGAUUCCCUCGGCGGCUCCAACAUCCAGCUUGUUCAGCUCCUUCCUCGAAUAUUUGGGAGAAUUGUCAGUUUCGGCGGCCGGCAUUUUCGACAGGAGGGAUUCGCCUCAAUACCAGGCCGCUCGCUGGGUGGCAGAUCAGGACGGAUACACGUCUAGCCAAGGCUUGUCAAUUGAUCACCCCAGAGUUUUGCAGAGAUACGCCCUGGCCGUUUUCUAUUAUGCCACUGGAGGAAAUAAUUGGAAGCUUUGUGGAAAGAACUCGCCCAGUUGUGGCGACACGGCCUGGUUGACCGACACCGAUGAGUGCGAUUGGUUCAGUCUUGAUUGCGACGAGGAUGGUGUGAUUUCGCAAAUCAGUUUUCCUGCGACCGGCAAUGAUUUGAUUGGUGUAUUGCCCCGAGAGCUUUCUUUGUUUUCUGGAUUGAAGAGGUUCCUGGUCCCUGAGAAUUCUCUGCGUGGAGAUUUGGAUGUUGCCUUUGGAGGGCUCACAUCCUUGGAGACUAUUGCCAUGCCUGAUAAUCGAUUGGAAGGAACUAUUCCUACUGGAAUCCUAGGAAAUAACUCUCAGCUGGGACUUCUUGCUCUUGGAGGAAACCAAUUUUCCGGAACCAUUCCUGCUGCUAUCUCUGGGGCCACCAGGCUCCAUGAUCUGCAACUGCCAUCCAAUACCCUUACCGGAACUAUUCCAGCUGAUAUCGGAAGUCUUACGGCACUGAUGAACUUUGAGGUUCAGGGCAACAAAAUUGAAGGGCCCAUCCCCGAGGAGCUUUAUUCAUUGAGCAAGCUUCAAUCUGUGUCGCUUCGAGAGAACAUGGGAAUUAAUGGCACUAUCAGUUCUCUGAUCAACCAGCUUACUGACUUGUCUGUGUUGCAGUUGGGUUUUACUACACUUACCGGCACCAUCCCCAACGAGAUGUUUGUGUUGACUGAUCUGUCCGAGAUGAACUUGGAAGGAGCUUCCUUUUCUGGAACCAUCCCCGAAGCCUUCCGCUAUAUGAACGCCUCUUUGAUGGAUCUCUUCUUGAACGACAAUCAGUUCACUGGACCAGUCCCUGAGGCUUUUGAUCAUUUGACUGCUCUUGAAACCCUGCAAAUUCAAGGAAACGAUUUGACCGGUAGCAUUUCGGCGGCUGUUUGUGCCGAGCGUGGAUUGCGAUUUCAACAGUUGGCUACACUCAUUGUUGAUUGUGUUGUGGAGUGCGGCUGCUGCGAUAACUGUGAAGAGUAGAUGGAUGACUUUAGAACUUGAAGUAGGAGUUUUGGAUACACCUUUGGAGUUAGAUGGAAUGAGAACGAAGGAUAGGGACGGCGCCAAGCCCUGAACACAGAGCGCCCAACACAGGGCUCGCCCAUGACCAAGCGAGAAAAACUGUGGGACUCGCUUCCCAACAAGAGCUCUCCCAGCCGACAAAUGCUGGUCCAGCCAGUUGUCAUGAUACCUGCUCGGCGACCACAUUCAACGAAAAUGCCGCAGGUGAACGAACUAGUUUGUUGUGUCUUGGAUGACGUGGUGGCACCCGGACGAAGAAUUCAUAUAUACAUAUUUGCAUGUGAUUAGGCCGAAUUUAGGAAAAUCAACAGAUUAAGAUGCGUGAAAAUAAAGACUGACAGACAAUAUUAAUCAAAUAGCGGUACCGGUAGAGGAAAAGUGUCACUUGCGGAUGGAUGAGAUACUAGUGGUUCAGGCUGUUAUGAGCUGGUAGAGGUGCAAAGGCAUUGCAUUGAUCCGCUAGCUGCCGGUACAGUAGUGUUACGAGGGAAUAUACCGGUAUGGUUCCGUACAACGAUUUCUUUGAUGGUUAGUUUGGGUUGCCUUUCUACUGAUAUCCUCGCGCUUUGUGCUUGGGCUCGAAUCGAAAACCAUCGGGCACCGGACCAAGCAACAUCUCAGCAAUCUUGACCCAAUCAUGACUGUGCGCCGACAGGAACAGAGUCUCCAAAUCCGAACGGCCGCACAUGUGAGGGGGAGGGCGCUGAUUCAUCUGUUGCACCCAACCUCCUUCAACAAUCCCAACAGGAACGUAACGAUACAAGAAAGAUAACCACUCCAGCAAAAACCGUCGAGUAUUGUCGACUCCCUGCUGGUCCGAGCCCCAAUGAGUCAAUCCAAACUUGACGAAAUCCUUCAAAAGAUCCAACCGUUCUGAAGCACUAAUGUCCCAGUGCCGCUUUUCCUUGAUCUCCGUUGGAAGCCACGGCUUGAUGAGAGCACCUCUCGCAAGCAUUGCCGUCGACGAGAUGCCCUCGCGAGCAAUCUUUUCUUCGUAGUCCGUGUAAGAGAAGAUGUCACCGUUGCCAAUCACAGGAAUCUUCGGAGCAGAAUCGUCUUGAGACAGCGAGACUUUACUGAUGUAGUCCCAGUCGGCAUUAUUCGAAUAUCUCUGCAAUCUCGAUCUGCCGUGGACCUGCAAAAUUUGAAAACGACAGAAGAGCUGGUUAGGUGCGGUACAGUCCACAAGCAUCCAGCUGGCUAUGCUUCGUUCGUUUGCUGCUUACCAUAACAGCCGCGACGCCAUCAAACCCCCAGCUUUGAAUUUUGGCGACAAGUUGGUGUGCAAAUGGUUUCUCAGACUCCCAGCCAGUACGCAUCUUGACAGUCACUGGACAGGACAAGGCACUGGUGACCCCGGAUAGAAUGCCUUUGAGAUUGUUCGCGCGCAGCAUAAGAGAUGCACCGGCGCCCUUCUGGCAGAUGAUAUCGAGAGGACAACCGAGGUUCAUAUCCACAAAGUCAACAUCACAGUGACUCUCAAUUACCUCAGCAAUCCUAGUGAACUGGUCUGGAUACCCCGAAGCAAUUUGAAUGCCAAAGACAUCUUCACACGGAUGACGUUUCAAGAGUGCCCAUUCAGAAGGCUUUCCUUCCAACAGGUUCCCUGCCACAGCCAUUUCGCCGCACGUAAUGUCGGCGCCAAACUUCUUCAUGAUCCGUCGAAAGGGGGUAUUUUCUCUUUCUCAACUGAAUCAGGAUUUCUUUGGGCAGAAUAUUUUGAAUGGGAGGUGGUGCUACAACUCCCUCCUUGCGCAUGCUUUCCCCAGUGGCUUUGAUCAAAUGAGAGGAUCCCACACGGCACAUGGCCCCAAAGACACAGAAUCCCUUUUCGUUGAAAUUGGGACAGCCUCCUUCCACAGUUGUAAUAUCGUCCAGUCUUGUCUUUAAAAACUCCUUAAUGUCAUGGGAAAAUUUGCAGGUUUCUUCCCCAAAGGGACAGCCGUCGCCUUUGAGCAUUGCCAAACACAACUUUUCCGAAUUGGGAACCCGCUGAUCUCGAGGACGCUUUUUCGAUUUCUGUUUUUUGUUCUUCUUGUUGCCUCCACCCUCUGGGACGAUUUCGGGCGGAAGAUCCCCCAAACUCGGAGGGCGUUUAUCCAGAAGGAACUCCUUCUUGACCCUCAAGGAGUACUUUUCGUUUUGAUCCGUUUUGGGACUCUUUUUCGGCUCCUCUGCCGCCUUGGCAGCGGACUCGGCUUCUGGCAUGGUUGCUUGGGUUUCUGUUUAUCCUUAGCCGAUGAUCCUUUGCUUCCUUUGCUUCAGUAUGGUUGAUAGAGCCACAGGACGCUUCUACUAGCUAGUAGAUACGGUAUCUAUCUCAACUGCUUGUGGUCGCUCCAGAAAGAAAGAUGCACGCUGCGAUCUUUGUUUUGUUUUGAGAAAAGAUUGGUGGCUUGGGGGAUGAACUGCAAAGCUGUGAAAAAUCCUUUGAUUGGUGUCUGCGUCUUCAGUCUCCAAAGCAUUCUCCACGUGUCGUUUUCUCUAAUUUAAGCGCUCUGCUAGCUUAUACAAGAUCCACCGUC